AUCCCAACAUUCAACCUUCGUCAUUCUCUCUACUUCGUAUUCACUCCACGCACCCAGACCACUUUUUUCCUCAUGAGUUCCCCCCCCCCCCCCCCCAAUAGAGAAGCGGCUGAGAGGCAACAGGAAGCUGAUGAAAAGGCAAUGGGAGUACGAGUGCCAGCAUGACCGCGCGAGCGUCAACAGAUGAUGGUGGUGGCAGGAGCAUUUCUUUUUUCAAGAACAAGCAUCUUCGUCUCUCGGCAUCGUUCACAUCCACGUAAAGAAGUGAGGCGUAACAGGGUAGAAAGCACACCAACGCUUGAUGCAGCAGUAUUUUAGUUUCCCAAUCCGACCUACAAUAAUGCUACGCUCUUCAACAAUCCUGGGUCCGCGCCACCGGUACAAAGCGAAAUUGACCAUAUACUUGGUAGUUGAUACAAAGGGAAGGGACUCUUCCACGACAGACGACGGAUGACACGUGAUAAAGUUUCAACCACCAAAGUCCCUCAAUUAUUUUGCUUUGUCUUCAUCUCUUGCUCUGCAUAAUUAUUGAUGACUGACUCAUAGAUCUUUUUAUUUUGACAAGUUGCAGUUUCCUUGAGGCUGACUGCAAGGAUGUGUUUACUUGUAUAUAUAUAACGAUGGAAAUUCGAAUCAGCAUCAAAUACUCGAUCAUAUAUAGACGAUCGAUAACACCAUGAUGCCGGCGGCAUCAUUGCUCGAGAACAAAACCAUUCUGGUUACAGGUUCAGCUGGAUUUCUCGCAAAAGUGUUUGUGGAGAAGGUACUGAGGAUUCAACCCUACGUGAAGAAGAUCUACCUUCUCAUGAGAGCUCCCGAUUCACACUCUGCGGCGAAGCGGCUGCGAGACGAGGUGAUGGAGAAAGAGCUGUUUAGGGUUGUGAAGGAGAAAUGGGGAACGGAUUUCGAGAAAUUCGUAUCGGAAAAAGUGGUUGCUGUUGCCGGGGAUGUUUCUCGCGAGGAUCUGGGAAUCGGGGACGUUGAUCUGAAGGAGGGAAUCUGGAGAGAAACCGACUUGGUCGUCAAUUUCGCCGCCACAACCCGAUUUGAUGAGAGGUAUGACGUGGCGCUCGCCACGAAUACAUACGGAGCAGCGCAUGUGGUGAAGUUCUCCAAAAAAUGCGUCAAAAUUAAGUUGCUCGUCCAUGUCUCAACUGCGUACGUGUGUGGGGAAGAGGCCGGGAUCAUCAAGGAGAAGCCGGUAAGCAUGGCGAAAGGAGGAAUCGGCGACGACGACGAUGAGAUGAUAUUUGAAAUCGUCGACGGUGAAAGGAAGCUGGUACAGCAAACGUUGCUUCAACUCCAGUCCAAUAAACAUCUCUCAUCGGACUGCGGCGAUGAACGAGGCAUUUCGUCUGCCAUGCGGCUCCUUGGCCUCGAGAGGGCAAGGCAUUAUGGAUGGCCAAACACUUACACGUUUACAAAGGCAAUGGGGGAGAGGAUAGCCAUGAGUUUGAAGGGCGACCUCCCACUUGUAAUCCUUCGCCCCGCCAUCGUAACAAGCACCAUUAAACACCCAUUUCCAGGGUGGACUGAGGGUGUCAGAACCAUCGACGGGUUUAUCGUGAAUUACGCUAAAGGGAGAAUGAAAUGCCUCAUUGAGAGGCCAGAAACCGUUUAUGAUCUGAUACCAGUAGAUAUGGUUGUGAAUUCGAUUGUAGGAUGUAUCUGUUCAGCAUUCCAGAACCAGCCUUUGGAUCUCAUUUACCAUUUGGGCUCUUCAAGAAACCCAAUAACUUCAUCUGAUCUCCGACACUGUAUGUUCACUUUCUUCUCUCGAAACCAAUGGAAGGACCGCCAUGGAAGGACGUUGAAAGCUUCCAAGUGGAAGACAUUUAGCUCCUUCAAGACCUUUCAGAUUUACAUGACCAUCCGUUUCCUAAUCCCUCUAAAGGUACUUUGUCUCGUAAAUGCAGCGCUUUGUCACAGAUUCGAAGCAAUGUGUGGUGAUCUUGAUCGUAAGUUAAAGAUGGCGAUGAGGCUGGUAAAACUUUACGAACCCUACCUGCUAUUCGUGGGGAUAUUUGAUGAUACUAAUUUGGAGAGGUUGAGGGCAAGGGGCAGGCAAAAUGGGUGGUGGGGCGUCGAGGAGAUGAAUAUGAAUGCAGGCAGCAUUAAUUGGAGCGACUACAUCAUGAAUGUUCAUAUUCCAGGCCUUAUCCGAUUUGUCAAGUUCUAAUUGUAUUGUAUAUGUAAAAGAAUUUCAAGUUUCCAAACGACCCAUAUAAUUUACCUGUUUGUGUUCUUCGACUGCUAUUCACUAGCUCCGUCACAGAAAUUCUUACCCGAUCUCCGUCCUAGAUCAGUUCGCAGCGGUCUUGUUUUGCGACGAAAGCUCGAGGAUCGACGUACGAGGGGCCAGGAGGAGAGCCUCGUCGUCGCGGGUCCUCUGCUUUCAUUUCGGCUGGCUAGCUUCUAGUAGUUACUAGCUAGAUUAACCAUUGCUGACUAGCUACAGGGAACUGUGUGGUGUUCUUGUCGAUUGUAUGAUACUUGGAUACGCUAAUGAUAUAUGUUACAAGCGGAAACAGAGGCAGUUGAAUUACUUCCCCAGGUGGGUUAGAAUCCGGCUGAUGAGCACUUCUUUCUUCCCGGCGAGUGGGAGUUUCUGGGCAGCCAAGUAGUACUUCAGCUCCACCACGGUCAAAUCCUUCAGCUGCAAAAGAUUUCAUUUCACAAUUGUGUGAGAUAAUGCUGUUUUCCCAAUGAUGUUACAAUCGAUAGUGCAACAGUUCGAUCAAUUAUAAACCGACAGAGGACCGAAAAACAAACAGAAACGGAUCGUUCUUUAAGCCGAAUUAUGACAUGUUCUGAUGAUGGUGUUCUUCAACCAGCAGAACAGAAAAACCGUAAUGCUGCUGCUGCUACUUUAUUACACCCCCGUCUCUGAGAGCAGCGGUCAGUAUGAUCCAGUUCAGUUUAAAAUCAGACGGAUCCGGGAUAGAUAAUGAAGAGAAGACGAGGAUCGUCACCGGAUAAAGAAUGGAUAUGAUAAGAUUAGUAUCGAGGAUAAACGAAAACUGAGGAU